AUGGAGUUCUUGUUGCUCUUGGUUUUUUUGGUGGCUUUUUCUAAAGGUAAAGGAAGUUCUGCAAUGCUAAUUUACUUUAUGUAGUAAUUAGAUGACGUCCAAUCAUUCAUUGCUCUCUUUUCUCUUUCCAAGGGGUCUUCUCAGACAUUCAGCUUGUAUCAUCUGGACCAGGAAUAGCGAGACCAGGAGAGAAUCUCAACCUGCUUUGUAAAGUCACAGGUUUCUCCAUCUCUACUGAGUACUAUUGGUGGCAUUGGAUCCGUCAAUCACCUGGGAAAG